UCUUGCGUCAGUUGAUAGCUGUAUACCAAUAAUAUUAUUGGAUAAUUCCAAUAUGAAUUCACUGUAAAGACAGGCGGGCAACAAAUGGUAUUCAAGUAUAUGUUUUAAUAGUUUUCAUGAAUUCAGUCCCCGAAGGAAAGAAUACAAAUUGAGUACAGAUAACCACUUUGAUUACAAAUGAUAAAGAAUUUCCCCAGUGCGAAUGGAAAUUAGAGUUCGAUUUUUUACGAAUGAACAGUACAUUGAUAACAGUUAAGGGAACAAUACGAAACAUGUCACAAAACGUCGAGGAUGUUGUUAGCCCUGAAGCCCUUGAAGAUGGCAUAGAAACAUCUCAGCCAACACCGCUCAGAACUAAAUUGCUCAUACUUUGCCUAGUAACUAUGCAGCUUCUUUUGAUAGCAAUAAUUGUUUUCCUACUCUAUUUCACCCAAUCCUGUUCUUCACUCAAUGAACGUAAGGAAUCUGGAGCAAGUUUACCAGGCAAAGAAAAUGCAUUCGGAACAACAGAUUUACCGAGAAGAAACACUGAAGGAAUUCCACAGAUAGAUCUUCGUAUGGGAAAAACAUCUUCAGAAACCACUGAAAGGGAUGCAGAACCUGAAUUUGAAAAACUAACUUGCAAAAAUCCUGACUGCCUCCAUACUGCAGCUCAUAUGAUGAACUCCAUAGACUUCACUCAGCAACCUUGUGAGAAUUUUUACGAUUAUGCAUGUGGAAGAAAUGAUGAUGAAAGAGAAGAACCACUAGACAUUUUUGCACCUAAAUAUUUGAUGGGUAAGGAUAAACCCCAGUUCUUGAAGAAAUUCCGGAGAUUUUACGAAUCUUGCCUAACUCAUGAAGACAAAUUCGAUUAUGGGACAAGGGUGCAAAAUACCAAGUCGUUAUUAGAAAGGGUGGGUACUAUUCGUUUGAACAAAAAAGGAAAUAUGGAAUUCAAUUUAACGAAAUUUAUUGCUGAUAUGAUUCUCUAUGAUUCUAUGCCUCUUUUCGAUGUGGAUAUUGAUGUUAACCCAACAGAUUCCACCUACAUUUUGAAGUUGAUGCUUCCCGAUCAAACAUCGAUAAGUCUAGGGCAUUGGUCCUCCUUGUCAGAAACUAAAAGAAAAUGCCUGAGAGAAACUGAAAAUAUGUCAUAUGGUAAAGAACUGAACGUAACACUCCUCUACAACACUUUUCUUUUAUGCCAGAAGAAUUAUGCAGAUUAUCUAGACUCCAUAAGCACCUCCAUGCAGGAAUUAGGAUUUUUCACAAAUUUGACCGAAAACGAGAUUUAUGGUCAGAUAAGAGACAUAAGAAUUUUUAUUGAAUUCGAAAUCUUGUCCAAAUUUGAUGAAAUUCCUCUGCCCCCAAACCUACAAGAACUCAACAUAAAACGUAAUCAUGUCAAUUUGAAAGUGGGACAACUAGAGAAAAAGUUUCCGAUGAUCCAGUGGGAACUACUUUUCGAAAUACUCACCAAUAAGAGCAUAAACAACGAGACUGUUAUACAGUUGUACAAUCAAGAGUAUUUCGAAGACGUUUUCCGUGAACUUUCAGCCGAAAAAAAUAGUUAUUUGAAUAACGCCUUCUUGGCUCUGUUAGCCAAUAGUUUAUACGAGAAUACAGUCCUGCCAUCUCACCGACACACUCGGGAAGAAUAUUGCAAGGAACAAAGCAAAACACUCAUGCCCGAUAUCGUGAAUUACCUCUAUAAAGUUAUAGUUAAUCCAGAAGUGGUCCAGAAAAAGAACAAAAUCAUGAGAGAUAUGUUCCAUAAUCUGAAGACUAGAUUCUUGAAUUCACUCGGUGAGCAAAAGUGGAUGGACGAUGCAUCCAAAGCAUCCAUCACACAGAAAUUGAACAAUUUGAAAUUGUUACUCUUCGAGACUGACAACUCAGAUGCUGAGAAGAUUCACUUGGAACUUACCUAUCAACCAUUAGAUAUAUUGAAAGACGAAUAUCAACACAAUCAUUUCGACCUGAUAGAGUUUAGAAGGCGACAAUUCCUUUCACUUUACGGUGAAAAGUUGACACCUGAAAAUAUGUACAGGCAUUUCGUAGAUGCAACUAAGGAAGAACCAGUUUUCUUUUAUCCAAGCAAUCUGAUCUGUGUGCCAUUUGGUUUAUCUAAACACAUCAGAGACGAUCUCCCUCAAUAUUUGAUCGAAUCUAGAGUUGGUUUUGCUCUAGCCAAAAUAAUAGGACAUUCAUUCGACAGAAUCGGAAUGCAUUAUGGCGUUAACCUCACUGAAUCUUUCAAAUAUACUUAUAAGGAUUUUGCUGAGGAAACCAAGGAUAUGCUACUACUCACAAACCCAAUAAGCUUUGGGAAAAAAUUGCUGUAUUUCAACCUGAACAACGAUUUGUCAGAAAGUGAUCGUAUCGCAGAAAAUACUGCAAUGAAGCUUGUGACAGAAAACCUUCCUAGUUUUCAAAAUCUCGAUUUACUACCUCUGAUUCCACCACAUUUCACAAGGGAGAAGAUAUUUUUUCUUCAUUUAGUACAGGGUUUUUGUCGGAAAAUGAAGGUCACAGAUUUCAUGGUUGAUGCUUACGAAAGUCCCGUUCUGCCACCACAGCUUAGAGUAGCCAACUUUCUAGGGAAUUCGGGGGAGUUUCUGAAAACAUUUGGAUGCAAACCUGGUUCGGGAAUGGCGAGGAUUGAAGAAAGUCUCCAGUUUCCAUACCUGUCGUGAAAUCGAACUGUAUGCUGUAUGAAAAUUCAAAGAUUACAAGAUGGUUUUAUAAAAUAGAGUUUUAUAGAUUGGAA